CACCUUCGGCGCUUGGAAAAAACAUACACAUACCACAAUUGUAUUGUAGUGAAUUUAAAAUAUAUCUUUUAUUGUUAUUUUUAUCGUGGUGCAGUUUAACAACUUGCAGUAAAGAGGUGUGAUUAAGCGUAGCUUUAAAACCAUGACGUCCGCAUUGUAUUUAGAGCAUUAUUUAGAUGGUUUAGAGCAUCUUCCGAACGAAUUGAAACGAAACUUUACCCUGAUGCGUGAUCUGGACUCGCGUGCUCAAAUGUUGAUGAAAUCUAUCGAUGAGAAAGCGGACGAGUACUUGAAAUCGCUCGUAAACUCCAAGGAAAACAUUUCCGAUGACGUAAAGAAGGAAAAACUACAGGCCAUCCAGGAACUGUUUAACAAGGCAAAGGAGUACGGUGACGACAAGGUUCAGUUGGCAAUACAGACAUACGAACUGGUGGACAAGCACAUACGCCGGCUGGAUUCCGAUUUGGCUCGAUUUGAGGGUGAAAUUCACGACAAAACAGUGAAUGCGCGUGAAAAAUCGGAGGAAAAUGUUACUAAAAAGGGACGCAAAAAGGUUAAAGACAGUAAGAGUACGGUGAAAAAGAAGCGAACACAUUCCUCCGAAGAUGAAACAAAGCCAGCGGGCAAUGGUGGAGUGACCAACAGUGGAGCAAACAGUGGUGCCGCCAACUCGAACGGAAAGGGCAAGAAUACGAAGAAGCAGAAGGUAAAUCAAGAAAAAGAAGGUCGCAAAGGGCAAAAUAAGAAGGGAGCCGAAAAUGAUGACGCUACCCAGGACGGUGGUCAUGGGAAUCCACAUCCAAGCGACGUACUCGAUAUGCCAGUCGAUCCGAAUGAACCCACCUACUGUCUGUGCCACCAGGUAUCAUACGGAGAAAUGAUCGGUUGCGAUAAUCCGGACUGCCCUAUCGAAUGGUUCCAUUUUGCGUGUGUUGGAUUGACGACAAAACCGAAAGGCAAAUGGUUUUGUCCGAAAUGCUCACAGGAUCGGAAGAAGAAAUAAAAUCACCAUGCACGGCGGCAUAGGGCGGAAGCAGGUUUCGAACUACUCCGCCAUACUGUAUUACUUUUGUGCAGUUCGCUAUUAUGAUUAACACCCUCAUUUUUCCAUUUUUCAUAUUAGCUUUCACUUAACUGUACAUACACAUUAAUUUAACGCAAAUGUUUGUCCCUAGUGUUAGGAAAGUAUAUGGGCAAAAUCGAUUGCGGUAAAAAUAUUUUACACGGACGAAAAUUGUUGAGUAAACGAUACGGAAGCGUAGAAGUGAUUUUUAUAUGAAAAACGAAAUAUUAAUUACAAUAAAUGUCCUUAUAUACUAUAUUAUGCGAUUAAAACGCGUUUAUAGUUAGCAACACGUGGUAAUUACACAAGCUUGGACGGCUCAAAUUGAAAGUAAAACAAUUGCGUGUUUUCGACCAUCAGGAAGG